GCUUUUAGUUCGACAUGUGCCUUCUCAGCAUGCAGACUAUCGCUCAUUCCAAAAAAACUCAACAUGAAUCCAGUCACGUUGAUUCAGAGUCGCAGACCUUUGGAGCAACAUCACUGUGAGCUUAUCACAAAGGUCAAAAGUAGGAUGUCUGAGUCUGAUGGCCGUGUGAGUGCCUGGAGCUGUGAUCAAGUCGCCCAGUGGCUGCAGGGGGAAGGAUUCGGGCAGUAUGUGGACUUGUUGUGUUCGCAGCACCGCGUUGAUGGCCUCAGUCUGCUGGCUCUGACUGAGGCCGAUCUGCGGGGUCCUCCACUGAGCCUCACCGUGCUGGGAGACGUCAAAAGACUGACUAUUGUCCUCCGCCGCCUCCAGAGAGAGAAUAGGUCAGAGCUAGAGGAGCUGGGUCUGUGGCCUUUAGACACUCCCCCUGCUGGACUCUCGCUAGGUGCUCCCAGGGUCGAGUGGAACUAUGGGUGUAAUGGAGCAGAUCGUUUGUGUAACGGCACAGAGCUGCGUUUGAGAAACAGCAGCAGACUUGGAUGUGUGCCUGGGCCAACGCUCUGUCAAACACACUCCAAUGGGACGUUUCAUCAGCCAAUGGCAGGCAGAUUGGAUCCGGAGGUGUGGAAGACCGUUCUUAGCUCCAUAUAUGUGUUCUUAGUGUGCGGACUGACCUCUUUUGUCAUGGUUAUUGUGCACGAACGUGUCCCUGACAUGAGGACCUAUCCGCCUCUUCCUGAUAUUUUCCUGGACAGUGUACCCAGAAUCCCUUGGGCUUUUGUGAUGGCUGAGGCUUGCGGCCUUAUCUUGUGUUACAUGUUUGUGUUGAUCCUGCUCCUUCACAAGCACAGGUCAAUUCUUCUCAGACGGUUGUGCUCUCUGAUGGGAACGGUGUUUUUGCUUCGUUGCUGCACCAUGUUUGUCACCUCUCUCUCUGUGCCAGGGCAGCACCUAAAGUGUGCCAGUCUGUCGUAUGGCGACACCUGGGGAAAGAUCCAGAGAGCCCUGGCCAUAUGGAGUGGGUUUGGGAUGACUCUUACCGGUGUCCAAACCUGCGGAGACUACAUGUUCAGCGGACACACAGUGGUCAUCACAAUGCUCAACUUCUUUGUGACUGAAUACACGCCAAGGAACUGGAAUCUGAUUCAUACCAUCUCUUGGGUGUUAAACCUAUUUGGGAUCUUCUUUAUUCUGGCGGCUCACGAGCACUACUCCAUCGACGUCUUUAUCGCCUUCUACAUCACCACCCGCCUUUUCCUCUACUACCACACUUUAGCCAACACUCGUGCCUAUCAGCACAGUCGAAGAGCACGCAUUUGGUUCCCCAUGUUCUCCUUCUUUGAGUGCAACGUAAAUGGACCCGUCCCCAACCAGUAUAACUGGCCCUUCAACAAACCAGCCUUUAUGAAACAUUUAAUUGGAUAAAUAGUUUUCAGGAAUAGUUGAGCUUUCACAUCAGUGCCUCAAAAUAUCCUUUUAUUACAUAAGUAUUUUUUUUUCCUUAUUUACAAAAUGAAUCAUGUUUUACUCAGGUUCAAAUUAAUAGUUUAAGAUUUUAUACUCUAUACAAAAAGAUGAGAAAAUGUAAACCACUGCUGUCAGUCUGCUAAAUAUGAAGCUAGCAGCUAGUUGUCUAAAAAGCAGAAAUAAUCUAUAGUUUUAGCCAAAACUGAAGAAAAAAACCAAACACAUUUGAUCAAUCUAAGUAGGAAAUGGUGAAAAUAAUUAUUUUGGAAUAGCUUUCUGCUAAAGCUAGCUUCAGCUCUCUCAUGAUAUGCAUAUUCCUUAGUUGACAGAUCUGACAGAAUAUGGCUUUUACUACAUGUUCCCUAAUAUUUAAAUCGCACAUUUACAAAUGAAUAAAAAACACUGACUUUUAUUUUAAUAAAAGCAAAGUGUAUGUGGCAUUUUCUGGACGAUAAUACACUUUGAGUUACUACUAUCGUUAACUUCUACUUUGGGGAUGUUUACAUGUCAUUUGUGUUUUUUUUUUUUUUUUUUUUUAU